AUGGAAUCAGAGUUUGCUGUAGGUGAUAAAUUUGCCUCUUAUUUUUCAGACUUUUACGAUCAAAGAAUACUUAUCUCAAUCUAUUUGUUAUUUCCAUUAAUUUUGAUAUUCUUCUUACUUAGUUUAAGGUAAUCGAUAAAAAUAUUUAAGAGAUUUAGAAAAACUAGAGAAUUAAGAGACAUAUGACAAAUAGCAUACAAUAUAUUAACCAAAUAUAUAUAAUAAUUUAGUGAAUUAAUGGACUUAAUAAGGAAUUCAAAAUUUGAAAUAAGAUAAACGAUAUAUUGACUGGUAAUUGAAAAAAGAGAGGGAAAUAGAAUUAAGAUCAUAAGAAUCAAGUAAAUUAUCAUUUCGAUAAUUAUCAUAAUGA